AUGUCGGGGUAUCCGGCCGGUCAUCAUGACCAGUACGACCAAAACAAUCAAACCGAUUCAUACUACCAGGAUGACCAGUACUAUGAUCACAAUUACGACGCCCAUGGAGGGCACGGUGGUGGUCACCAAGGAGGAGAUGGUUACUAUGACGAAUCAGGAUACUACAAUGCAGACCCCAACAAUCCCUACCAUCACGAUGGCGGGUAUUACGAGGGCGACGAUCAGUAUCAUGACGAUUACCAGAACCAUGGAGGCUAUUAUGAUCAAAAUUACAACCAAGGCGCUCGCCACGGCUCUGAAGAAGACUCUGAAACUUUCAGCGAUUUUACAAUGAGGUCGGAUAUGGCCAGGGCUGCCGAGAUGGACUAUUAUGGCCGCGGAGAUGAGCGAUACAACAGCUAUGACGACCCUCAGGGCGGCAACAGAGGAUACAGGCCUCCGUCUUCCCAAGUUUCUUAUGGAGGCAACAGGUCAUCAGGAGCAUCAACACCUAACUACGGCAUGGAUUAUGGCAAUGUUCUGCCAGCUGGGCAGCGCUCGCGUGAGCCGUAUCCAGCGUGGACCUCCGAUGCCCAAAUCCCUCUCUCCAAAGAGGAGAUUGAAGACAUUUUCCUCGACCUAACGUCAAAGUUCGGGUUCCAGAGAGACAGCAUGCGUAAUAUGUAUGAUCAUUUUAUGACACUGCUGGACUCGAGAGCCUCGCGAAUGACGCCCAAUCAAGCCCUUCUCUCAUUACACAGCGAUUACAUAGGAGGUGAUAAUGCCAACUACCGCAAGUGGUAUUUUGCGGCCCACCUUGAUCUCGAUGAUUCGGUUGGGUUUGCCAAUCGAUCCAAGGGAUUGAAGCGCAAAGCCAAGAAUAAGAAGAAGAAGGGGGAUGACCCAGCAAACGAAGCGGAAACGCUGCAGGAUCUUGAAGGUGAUGAUAGUCUUGAGGCUGCUGAGUAUCGCUGGAAGACCCGGAUGAAUCGCAUGUCCCAGCACGACCGAGUUCGUCAGAUUGCCCUUUACUUGCUUUGCUGGGGAGAGGCAAACCAAGUUCGAUUCAUGCCAGAAUUACUCUGCUUCAUCUUCAAAUGCGCGCAUGAUUACCUGAACUCUCCUGCAUGCCAAGCGCUGGUUGAGCCGGUUGACGAGUUCACGUUUCUCAACAACGUCAUUACUCCCCUUUACCAGUAUUGUCGAGACCAAGGUUACGAAAUCCUGGACGGCGUUUAUGUCAGACGAGAGCGAGACCACAAGAACAUUAUUGGUUACGAUGACUGCAACCAGCUAUUCUGGUAUCCCGAAGGCAUUGAGCGCAUUGUUCUGCAAGACAAGAGCAAGUUGGUUGAUGUUCCUCCCGCCGAACGUUACCUUAAGUUAAAGGAUGUCAACUGGAAGAAAUGUUUCUUCAAGACAUACAGAGAAUCACGUUCUUGGUUCCAUCUCCUGACCAACUUCAACCGCAUUUGGAUUAUCCAUCUCACAAUGUUCUGGUUCUAUACCUCUCAUAACGCCCCUACCUUGUUGGUCAAGAACUACGAGCAGCAAGUCAACCAGUCUCCCUCCGCAGCUAAGCAAUUUUCUAUUGUUGGUUUCGGAGGUGCUGUUGCUUCGCUGAUCCAGGUUCUUGCAACUCUAGCGGAAUGGGCUUAUGUCCCAAGAAGAUGGGCCGGCGCGCAACAUCUGACCAAAAGGCUAUUUUUCCUGCUUUUUGUGCUCGUUCUCAAUGUUGCUCCAGGUGUCAAAGUUUUCAUGUUUCCCGCCAAAGAUGAGAAUUCCCCAAUCGACCACGCUAUCGGCAUUGUGCAUUUCAUCAUCGCUGUCAUAAGUUUCCUCUUUUUCGCCGUUAUGCCUCUGGGAGGCUUGUUUGGCAGCUACUUGCUAACCAACUCUCGACGAUACGUAGCUAGUCAGACAUUUACAGCUGCCUGGCCCACAUUGGCGUUUAAUGACAUGGCGGUCUCAUACUUCUUAUGGCUAGUAGUAUUCGGAGUCAAAUUUGGAGAGUCGUAUGUAUUUUUGGCUCUAUCAUUCAAAGAUCCGGUUCGAUAUCUUUCGAUCAUGCAUUUGGAAUGCCAGGGUGAUCAGCUUUUCAAAGACAUUCUGUGCAAGAAUCAGCCGAAAAUCACUCUGGGUCUCAUGAUGUUCACUGACUUGAUUUUCUUCUUCCUGGAUACAUAUUUGUUCUAUGUUUUGGUCAAUGCACUCUUCUCAAUCGCACGAUCGUUCUACAUCGGUUCGUCCAUCUGGACUCCCUGGAGAAACAUUUUCUCUCGUCUGCCGAAACGCAUUUACUCAAAGGUCUUGGCAACGACCGACAUGGAAAUUAAAUAUAAACCCAAGGUCCUGAUUUCUCAGGUUUGGAAUGCUAUUGUUAUUUCCAUGUACAGAGAACAUCUUCUCGCUAUCGAUCACGUACAGAAGCUGCUGUAUCAUCAGGUCCCAUCAGAACAAGAAGGCAAGAGAACACUGCGGGCUCCUACUUUCUUUGUCUCCCAAGAAGAUCAUUCUUUCAAGACAGAGUUCUUUCCUAGCAACAGCGAAGCAGAACGCCGAAUUUCUUUCUUUGCCCAAUCUCUCUCUACGCCCAUUCCCGAGCCGCUGCCUGUAGAUAACAUGCCAACAUUUACUGUUAUGAUCCCUCAUUACGGAGAGAAGAUCCUUCUUUCUCUGCGAGAAAUUAUUCGUGAAGAUGAGCCAUAUUCUAGGGUGACACUUCUAGAAUAUCUCAAGCAACUUCAUCCACACGAAUGGGACUGCUUCGUUAAAGACACCAAAAUCUUGGCUGACGAGACAUCUCAAAUGAGCGGCGAGGAGGAAAAGAAUGAGAAAGACACGGUGAAAAGCAAAAUCGACGACCUCCCGUUCUACUGUAUCGGAUUCAAGUCUUCUGCUCCUGAAUACACCCUUCGAACACGAAUCUGGGCUUCCCUACGCUUCCAAACUCUUUACAGAACAAUCUCUGGUUUCAUGAACUAUAGCCGAGCUAUCAAGCUAUUGUACAGAGUCGAAAAUCCCGAAGUCGUCCAGAUGUUUGGUGGUAACACUGAUAAGCUUGAGCGAGAGCUUGAGCGUAUGGCCCGCCGUAAAUUCAGAAUUUGUGUGGCCAUGCAGCGUUAUUCCAAGUUCAAGAAAGAAGAAAUGGAGAAUGCCGAAUUCCUACUUCGCGCUUAUCCCGACUUGCAGAUUGCCUAUUUGGAUGAAGAGCCACCUGUUGCCGAGGGUGAAGAACCUCGACUGUAUUCCGCCCUUAUUGACGGCCACUCGGAAAUCAUGGAAAAUGGUAUGCGGCGCCCGAAGUUCCGUAUCCAACUUUCUGGUAACCCAAUUCUUGGCGACGGAAAAUCCGACAACCAAAAUCAUUCCCUGAUUUUCUACCGUGGUGAAUACAUCCAGCUUAUCGAUGCCAACCAAGACAACUACCUGGAAGAAUGCCUGAAAAUCCGAAGCGUGCUCGCUGAGUUCGAGGAGAUGAAGACAGAAAAUGUAUCUCCAUAUACCCCUGGUGUUAAAAAUAACUCUCCUGCUCCCGUUGCUAUUCUUGGUGCACGCGAGUAUAUUUUCUCAGAAAACAUUGGUAUUCUUGGUGACGUUGCUGCUGGAAAGGAACAAACUUUCGGUACUCUCUUCGCACGUACUAUGGCUCAAAUCGGAGGCAAGCUUCACUAUGGUCAUCCUGAUUUCCUCAAUGGUAUUUUCAUGACAACUCGCGGCGGUGUUUCUAAAGCUCAGAAGGGACUGCACCUGAACGAAGAUAUUUUCGCUGGUAUGAAUGCCAUGUUACGUGGUGGUCGAAUCAAGCACUGUGAAUAUUAUCAAUGCGGUAAAGGUCGUGAUCUUGGUUUUGGUUCUAUCUUGAACUUUACCACCAAGAUCGGUACCGGUAUGGGCGAGCAGCUUCUUUCUCGAGAGUACCAUUACCUGGGAACUCAACUUCCAUUGGACCGAUUCCUGUCAUUCUAUUAUGCUCAUGCCGGCUUUCACGUCAACAACAUGUUCAUUAUGCUGUCUAUCCAAAUGUUUAUGAUCUCGCUGAUGAACAUCGGAGCUCUGCGACACGAGACGGUCAAAUGCAAGUACAACCGACAAGUGCCCAUCACUGAUCCUUUGUUUCCUACUGGUUGUCAAAACACGGACGCAUUGAUGGAUUGGGUUCAACGCUGUGUUUUCUCAAUUUUCUUCGUCUUCUUCUUGUCAUUCGUUCCUCUUAUCGUGCAGGAACUGACUGAGCGUGGUAUUUGGAGAGCUCUUAGUCGAUUCUUGAAACAAUUCUUCUCACUUUCACCGUUCUUUGAAAUUUUCGUCACUCAGAUCUACGCGAACUCUGUGCAACAGAACAUUUCGUUUGGCGGUGCACGAUAUAUUGGAACAGGUCGUGGUUUCGCCACAGCUCGCAUUCCAUUUGGUGUUUUGUAUUCUCGAUUUGCUGCACCAUCAAUCUAUUUCGGUGCGAGAUUAUUGAUGAUGCUGCUAUUCGCCACCGUCACCGCUUGGCAGCCUGCACUCGCGUACUUCUGGAUUACCUUGAUGGGAUUGGUUAUCUCGCCCUUCUUAUACAACCCCCAUCAGUUUGCAUGGACCGACUUUUUCAUCGACUAUCGUGACUAUCUUCGCUGGCUGUCGCGUGGUAACUCGCGAUCGCAUGCUUCUUCGUGGAUUGCGUUUUGUCGACUGUCCCGUAUACGAGUUACUGGCUACAAGCGUAAGAAUUUGGGCGACAAAUCUGCUAAAAUGUCAGGUGAUGUUCCUAGAGCAGCCAUUGCCAAUAUUUUCUUCACCGAAAUAUUUACGCCGCUCUUGCUCGCUGUCGUAACGGUCAUCCCGUACUUGUUCAUCAACGCGCAAACUGGUGUCCUAGCAGACAAACAGACUGUUGCCAAGGGUGCAAACCCGCCAAAGAUUCAGCCUACAGCCUCCCUUGUCCGUAUUCUGAUUGUCGCUUUUGGCCCGGUGGCCAUCAAUGCUGGCGUGUUGAUGGUUAUGUUUGCCAUGGCAUGUUUUAUGGGUCCUCUCUUGAGUAUGUGCUGCAAAAAGUUCGGUAGUGUUUUGGCUGCUAUUGCGCAUGCUUUGGCUGUCAUCUUCAUGUUGGUAUUCUUUGAGGUACUGUUCUUGCUCGAAGGAUUCAACUUUGCCCGUACAAUGGCUGGUAUGAUUGCGGUGGUAUCGCUCCAGCGAUUCCUGUUCAAACUGAUUGUCUCAUUGACUCUGACGCGAGAGUUUAAAACCGACCAGUCUAACAUUGCUUUCUGGACUGGAAAAUGGUACUCUAUGGGCUGGCACUCCGUCUCACAGCCUGCUCGUGAGUUCCUUUGCAAAAUUACGGAACUUAGCAUGUUUGCAGCUGAUUUCAUUCUCGGACACUGGUUGUUGAUGUUCAUGCUUCCGGUCAUUCUCAUUCCUCGUGUUGAUACACUGCACUCAAUGAUGCUCUUCUGGCUUUUGCCCAGUCAACAAAUCCGCCCUCCGAUUUACUCUUUGAAGCAGUCAAAACUUAGACGUCGUCGUGUCAUCCGUUUUGCUAUCCUCUAUUUCGUUCUCGCUGUUGUUAUGAUUGCCCUGAUUGUUGGACCAGUUUAUGGUGGCAAGGCAGUUCCGGCCUCAUUAAACAACCAGUUGUCUGAUAUUGCUGGUUUCCGAUUGUUACAGCCAAACCACCAAAACCAUGAUAACACGAACGGAACCCAGCAAACUGGUACAGGGGCGCCAAACUAUACCGGCGCUGGCAGAAAAACGACAAGCACAGGCGCGGGUGCUGGUGUCACUGGCAAGAUCAGACUAUUUUGA